AUGGCCUCGGUGCCUGGAAAGCAGCUAGGACCUUUUCCUUUAAGAGUUCUACGCCGGCGCCGCCAGACUCGCUUUCCAGAAGGAACUCACCACGUCUACGUACCCUCUAAGCUCCGCCCUUCUUCCGCUCGUUACCAUUGGCUGAUAGCUGCACGCGGCGUUUCGCACGUGGCCGAGGUCCGGCGCGCGGCUUCCCACAAUGCCUUAGGCGGGGCCCAGGUCGCGCUUGUGUUGAAGUUCAGGGCUGGGGUUCGGUGCGCGAGUGCGCAGAAAGCCGACCAAGCUAAGAUCACAUCGGAGCGUGACACUUGGCUGCGGAUACACAGCAGCUAUUCUCGAGCUGUGCUGAAGUUUGCUGCUGCCACUGGAGCCACUCCUAUUGCUGGGCGCUUCACUCCCGGAACCUUCACGAAUCAGAUUCAGGGAGCUCAUUCAGUGGGUCUGAUGUGGUGGAUGCUGGCUCGGGAAGUUCUGCGCAUGCGUGGCACCAUCUCUCGGGAGCACCCGUGGGAAGUCAUGCCUGACCUCUAUUUCUACAGAGAUCCAGAAGAGAUUGAAAAGGAAGAGCAGGCCGCUGCUGAAAAGGCUGUGACCAAGGAAGAAUUUCAGGGCGAAUGGACUGCACCUGCUCCUGAAUUCACUGCUGCCCAGCCGGAGGUCGCAGACUGGUCUGAAGGCGUGCAGGUGCCCUCUGUGCCCAUUCAGCAGUUCCCUACUGAAGACUGGAGUGCUCAGCCUGCAACUGAAGACUGGUCCGCAGCCCCCACUGCUCAGGCCACUGAGUGGGUAGGAACAACCACUGAGUGGUCUUAA